AAAUUAAUAAAAUAAAAAGGAAACAAAAAGAAGAAAGAGAAAAGAAUUGUUCUAUUCCUCUACCAGUUUACCUCUCUCCCUAAACCCUAACCUUAACAAAAUUCCUCUUCAAAAAAAAUGGCGUCAAUGCAUUUCACAAUAUUCACUCUCUUCACAAUCUUCCUUCUUUCAUCAUCAGCUUCACCUUUCUCCAUUUCUGUAAACAACAAAUUUUCAUCAUCUUCAAUUUAUGAUGUUCUUAACUCCCAUGGACUCCCUGUUGGUCUUCUACCUAAGGGAAUUAACAAUUUUUCAAUAGAUCCUUCAUCAGGUAGAUUUGAGGUACAUCUUCCGCAGUCCUGUGCUGCCAAAUUCGAAACCCAUUUACGUUAUGAUAGUACCGUGUCGGGUACCCUAAAUUAUGGUCAGAUUUCAGAAAUUUCUGGUGUAGCGGCUGAGGAACUCUUUCUUUGGUUCUCUGUUAAAGGGAUCCGUGUUGAUAUUCCUAGUUCUGGGUUGAUUUAUUUUGAUGUCGGAGUUGUUUCUAAGCAGUUUUCCCUUUCUUUUUUCGAGAUUCCACGUGAUUGCACCAUUACAAAUGAUGUGUUGCCUAAAGAUCUCAUUUUGUUCGAUAAUCGUGGGAGAAUUGUGGAGAACCUAUCAAGGAAGUUGAUUAAAGAACGACCGGGAAAUAGCAAGGCCAGGGCUGUAUCCUAAAUUGGAGAGAUUUAAAGCAUAAUGAAUGGCAAUGAAUUACUGGUUCUUCCUCCAGGAGCAUAUCCAAGAGUCCAUUUUUUUCUCCUUUGUGUGUUUGCUAUAUCUGACAUUCACAUCAUAGAGUCGUGGGAGUGUUGUUGAUAUGGAAGACUUCAAGGUAAUGGUAACCUGAAUCCUCUAUGAAUAUAUAUUGCAUAGUUUGUAGAUGUAUAUAUAGUUAUUACAAGUGUAUGAUUUUGUUCUAAUCAUAUAUACAAUCUGGGAUAAUUUUAGUUUUUGUAAAUUGAAGUUGAGAUUAUUGUUGUGCUAACUCAACAUCUUGCCGUGGUUUGAAGUGUGACAAGCUAAUGCAUAAUUUGAAGUCAUCAACAUAUUAUCAUUUUGUUUCCAGUCGUUUUGUUUUACGAUUAAGGAAAACUAACGAUUGAGGA